AUGGCCCGGGACAGGGCCAAAGUGGUGGCGCACUGGAUGAAGGUGGCCAAGCAGCCCUCCAGGUUUGCCACUCUGGUGCUCUAUGUCCCUGGAUCCAAGCAGAGGUUGCACAAGAAGUGUGUUCCCUUCCUGGGAAAAUACCUGAAAGAUCUCAAGGUGAUGGACACCAGGAUAGAGGAUGAUCUGGAGGUGAAUAAAGUACUGGAGGAGAUAAUGGUUCUGCAGGAGGCUGCCCAGAAAUACAAAAUAGAGCCUGAGGAGCAAUUCCAGGCCUGGUUCUGGGCCCUGGAGCAGCUCAGCAAGAAUAAGAGGUUGGAGGACUAUCUGGAGUGUGUUCCCUUCCUGGGAAAAUAUCUGAAAGACCUGAAGAUGCUGUACACCAGGAUGGAGGAUUAUCUGGAGGAGCUGUUCAAGAAGGUGCUGCCCCACCAGUGCCUGGGCUCCGUCUGGUCCCAGAGGGCCAAGCCUGGCAAGGAGCACGUGGCCUCCACUGUCCGUGCCACCGUCAGACAGUUCAAUCAUGUGGCCACCUGUGUGAUCACCACCUGCCUUGGGGACCCAAGCAUGAUGGCCCAGGACAGGGCCAACGUGGUGGCGCACUGGAUGAAGGUGGCCAAGGAGUGCAGAAGCCUAAGGAACUUCUCCUCCCUGCACGCCAUCCUGGCCGCUCUGCAGAGCGUGUCUGUCCAUCUUCUGAGGAAGACGGUCCUCACGAGUUCAAGGCAGGAAAGGACAGUGCAGAGCUCCCUGCCCUGUGCCACCUGGAGGCCUGGGGGCGAGGACAAUGAUGACAGGAAUGAUACCGAGUCCUCAGGAGAACCUGUGAGCUGCCAGUACGGUGCUCGGUUCUUCCGAGGAAGCUGA